CGGAGCGAACGUACCUCGCAUGAGCUCCGUGAACAACCAAUUUUGGUGGCGUGCAAACUACGUUCCGACCAAAAUUCCUACGGUGUCAGGUCCCUGAAGCUACAGGCUCUCGCUGGACACCAGUUUCAUCAUCAUCGGCCCACCGGGAGGGCCAUUACGGCCCAAAACCCGUUCGGGCACACCGAACGACAGCCAGCCCUAACCAAGACUACGGCAUCAUCGCCUCGCCGCGCCGCAGCUGCACGAUGCCGGACGACGCGGAGCCCCAAGGCCGCACCGAGGGCGGGUCAACCACCCCACCGACCCACCGGGUAAGCUCUUUUCAAGGCAUGGACGUCGUUGAAGUAGAGGGAGAAGCUAUUGCACCUGAAGAAGUAACUAAAGAAGCGGGCUGGCUCACCAGCCACCGCAAUAGGAGUCGUAGAGCUAUAGAGCAGUUCAGCAUAAUGGCUGAUGAAACAAGCAAAACAACUGGCACUGGCGAAGCGCGUUCUGGUGCGUGCCAGAGCGCAGCGCGUACCACCAAGAAACCGAAGCCGCCGCGACAGCCACAACUUCCAAGGGAAGAUAUAAAGAUCAUCGUACGGCCCCGCGACGGGCUAAAUGUCUCAAAACUAAGUGAUGCGCAAAUUCGAGAUGAAGUAUUGCGAGCCGCAGCAGUACCGAUUGCAGAGGCGGAAGAUGACAUAUAUCGCUCCUGCGUGGAAAAAAAUGUCAUAGUAAUCAGCACUCCGCGAAUGGCAAAUGCUGAGAAAUACAACCGCAUCAGGGAACUCCAAAUUGGAGACACGCACUACGAAGCCACAGCCUACGCCGCCCCACCGGCAGACACCUACAAAGGCGUAAUCCACAACAUUCCGGACUACGACACUGCGGAGGACAUCACCAAAAGUCUCAUCUACAAGAAGAACCCCACCAUCCUGCAGGCCCGUCGCAUGGGCAACACCAACUCAGCCAUCAUCAUCUUUGAAGGCCCAAAUGUACCCUUCUACGUCUAUUACAGAGGCGCCGAGUACCGCUGCUACCUCCACAAGAAAAAAGUCGAAGUGUGCGGAGCCUGCGGCCGGAUCGGUCAUCGCGCGGACGUGUGCCCUACCCCCGACAAGAAACAGUGCAAAGACUGUGGUGCCCAAAACCCUGCGGACAAUCACAGCUGCAACCCUAAGUGCGCGCUGUGCGGUAAAGAUCACCCCACGGGAGACAAGAGCUGCCAGAGACGCUUUCAGACGCCUUUCCUCAUCAAACAGCGCCAGUGGGAAAAACAGCGACAACAACAACAACAAACCUUGCACAACCACAGCGGCGGCGGCGGCAGAGACCCAUCGUUGCCACGUCAAGCAGACAAGCAGACAACGGCAGCCCAACGCCCAUCCCGAUCAAAAUCGAGGGACACUGCUGCCGAUCGCAAGGCAUCCAGAUCAAGAUCCCCAUCGGGACAUAGACCCCAAGCUAAACAAGAAAGCAAGACUUCAACCAAUAACAACAAGGUGAGCUGGGCAAAUGUAGUCUCCCAGUCCGAACCCACUAAGAUAGAAAACCCCACGCUCCCCUCUUCUCACGACAGCGAGCUAACUAAAAUCAAACAAAUGCUCGAAAUUCUACUAACAGAGAAUAAGGCCCUCAAGGCCGAGGUAGCCCAACUGAAGGCGACACCGCCGAAAGAAGUUGUACCCGCAGAACCAGAAACUGUCCAUAUAGAGAUAGAUGCACCUCCGGCAGUUGCAGAACCUACCACACAAUACGCGCAGCCAGAUUCCGAUACAGAGAGCCUACCCGCGAAGCGCAGAGCGGUAGAACAAUCCCCUCCUUCCCAAGGGACAACCGCCCACUCUGGCACCUCUAAGCGUAACAUCAGGGAAGAGACGAUCAUAGAGGAAAUCACCAGGGCCAUUGAUAUCAAAUUCGAGAUAAUGCAUAAAACAUUCCACACCAUGAUAACAAACCUUGCCGAAAGUUAUAAUGCCAGAAUCGCGGUCCUCGAAAACGCCCAACAAAGGCCUAGCGUAGGGCCCAUUAAAGUAACUAAGCCUUACAACCGCCCGACCAACGAUGGCCUGGAAUAGCGGUAAAAGCGCUAUGUACGUCAUAUGGCAAUGGAACUGCCGGGGAUUCCGCCGCAAGCGAGGGAAUCUCCAGCAGUUCUUACAAACUAAGGAUUCCGAAGCUCCAGACAUAAUUGCCCUCCAAGAGACGGGGGGUCAGGCCAAAUUAUCAGGCUAUGCGUCCUUCUGCUCCGAUGUAUCGGGCACAGGCAAAGCGCCAAUCGCUACGCUAAUCAAACGAAACAUACCGGCACUCAUACACGAGACCGGCAUUGUGUGCGUAGAACACGUCCUAGUGGAAAUUAUUCCUACGGCAAAGCGAGGAACUGGCAGCCUGUUUGUGCUCAACGUAUACAGCAAGCCUAAACAGCAACACAGAUUCCUCAAUCUAUUCCGGAAAGCAGCACACAUUGCAAACAAACAACCACUUGUCAUACUAGGCGACUUCAAUGCACACUCAUCGGCAUGGGGCUAUCGCACCGAUAACCGCAAAGGCCGUCAAUUGUGGCUAGACGCGCAGCAGGAGCAACUCACGCUGCUCACAGAUCCGACACAACCCACGCGCACAGGAAAUAGCGUCUGCGUGGACACUACACCAGACCUAACCUUCACCAAAAACGUGUCAGGCGCCACAUGGUUCAACACGCAAGAAAACUUGGGAAGUGACCACUUCAUAGUGGCCACCAAAAUCCGAACGGGACCCGCCAAACCUAUCGGCAAACGAAUCCACAUCACGGACUGGGACAAUUUUAGGCAACUACAAACAAACAAAAACGAACCUGCCGUUCCUGAGAUUAUAGACAUUAAGGCAUGGGUCGACAACUUACAACAAACCGUUAAGCAGGCGACCAUAACCAUACCAGAAGAAGCUAAUAUCCAGGCGGCAGAUGCCAAGCUCCUCCACAUGUGGGAAGCAAAAGCUAGCUUGGAAAGACGACUAAAACAACAGAAACUGAAUAGAUCCCUACGCAAACGCAUAUCGAUCUUAAACAAACAAAUUGAGGAAUAUGCUCACCAGCUAACCCGCCAAAACUGGCACAGUGCAUGUGAUGGAAUGGAAGCGCAAAUAGGCAUGGCCAAAACAUGGCGCAUACUUAGAUGUCUACUCGAUCCCGAGAGCAGUAAAACUAUGCAGGGGCAUAAUCUCAGCAAAAUAAUCCAUAAUUACCCGGGAUCAGACACAGACUUAAUUAACGAACUCAAGAAUCUAUACAUCGGAAACCAUUCCAAAAUGCCCUUACCCGCAUACACGGGAGAACCAAACCCAAUAAUCGACGAACCAAUCACGGAAGCUGAAGUCCGUGAGGCCAUACACGGUCUACGAACGCACUCCGCUCCGGGUCCGGACGGCGUAACAAACAAAACUAUACGGAACCUGGACGAUGACUCCAUAGAAGCACUAACUAAGUAUCUGAAUAAGUGUUGGGAGACUGGCCACAUCCCUCAACAGUGGAAGGAAGCUAAAAUUGUGAUGAUACCAAAGCCGGGCAAGAGGUUGCAGCUACAGAACCUAAGACCCAUCUCGCUCACCUCCUGCCUAGGGAAACUUCUGGAACACAUCAUCCUUACUCGCCUAAACAAACACAUGGAAGCGCACGACCUGUACCCUCACACGAUGAUUGGAUUCAGACCCAAGCUUUCCACGCAGGACAUUAUGCUUCAGAUUAAGCACCAAAUAAUAGACGGUGAUCAGAGCUCAGAACUUGAUACCCGGGCCAUUCUUGGCCUUGAUCUAACCAAAGCCUUCGACAAUGUUCAUCACGAAGCCAUCCUAACCCAGAUAAACAAACUAGGAGUUGGCUCCAGAGCAUACAAUUAUAUAAAAGACUUUCUUACAGACAGGACAGCCACAAUCACCGUCGGUGGGGUAACCUCGGAGAGCAUUUCGCUCGGGAAUCGAGGGACACCCCAGGGCUCGGUCCUGUCUCCCUACCUCUUCAACAUGGCCAUGCUAGAAUUACCAAGCAAGCUAGCUAAAAUCCCUAAACUACAGCAUAGCUUAUAUGCAGACGACGUGACACUCUGGGUAACCGGAGGGAGUGACGGAGAAAUCCAAGAAACCUUGCAAAGCGCGAUCGAAGUCGUCACAGAAUACGUAACACCUAAAGGACUCUCCUGCUCCCCGCAAAAGUCCGAGUUACUUCUGUAUAGACCCACUUGCAGAGGCAGGAAAACUGUCACCACACCCCCUCAAAUCAUGCUCAAAGCUAACGACCAGGACAUCCCAAUAGUUCCGAGCAUCAGGAUCCUUGGACUCAGAAUACAGGCAAAUGGACACAACAACGAAGUGAUAAAGGCACUAGACUCGCACGUACAUCAAACAACAAGACUCAUUUCGCGCAUCGCCAACAGACACCACGGCAUGAAAGAAACUAAUUUACUCAGAUUGGUACAGGCUUUUGUCAUAAGCAGAAUAGUGUACGCUAGCCCAUUCCUGCAACUAAAGAAUGAUGAACGCUCCAAAAUUAACCUCAUGAUCAGGCGAGCAUACAAGCAGGCUCUACACCUACCAAUUACGACCGCAAACGAAAAGUUUGAGGCUCUAGGAGUACACAAUACUCUUGACGAGCUCAUGGAAGCCCAACGAAUUGCCCAACUGGAGAGACUCUCGCGUUCUCCGACGGGGCGACACAUUCUCCAAUCACUCGGGAUUACAUACAACACCCAAUUCGGACCAAAGCGGGACAUUCCCACAGAGUUAAGAAAACACAUACACGUUCCACCAUUACCUAAGAACACUCACCCUCUGCAUAACCAAGAGCGCAGGCAGGAAAGAGCCAAAUCCUUACAAAAACGCUUUGCAAACUCUCAGGACGUGGCCUAUGUAGACGCAGCCGAGUAUCGUGACCGAGACGUUAUGACAGCGGCUGUACUAGAUCAGCAAAAUCAAAUCAUCGCUGCAAGCUCAGUUAUUACAACCUCGCCGGAGGUCGGGGAGGAGGUCGCAAUCGCCUUGGCGUGCGCUUCCUCCGCAGCCAAAUUCAUAGUCAGCGACUCAAAGACAGCUAUACGAAAUUUCGCGAAAGGGCGCAUUUCGCCUGAAGCCCUCAAAAUUCUGGCUAGGGUACCCGAGACCCGGCGCAGAUGGACGCAACUGGUUUGGGCACCGGCGCACUCCGGUCUUCCGGGAAACGAAGCUGCUCACAGUGCGGCGCGAGAACUGGCAAUCCGCGGCCGCACGACAACCUCUUGCGAGGAGCAGUUCGAAUCCCUCCGCCGUUCAGGCAGGGACCGGAUGGUAUCCUACAAGGAAAUUCUACAAUUCUACCGCCAGGGCAGGAGGCAUUACCCUGCCGCUCACAAAAAUUUAGAUAAAAAGCAAUCGGUUACCUGGCGCCUUUUACAGACGCACACUUUCCCAAACCCAGUGACGUACAGUCACCUCUAUCCUGGGCUAUAUACCGCAGAUUGCAAAUUAUGCGCUGGUAGAGCCGAUCUUCAUCACAUCAUGUGGGCAUGUCCCCUGAUAAGGUACAAAAAACCCACUAGCUUAUUGCCUCCCCUUCCCAUCACUACCCUAGAGCAGUGGGAGACUGCACUGCUCAGCUCAGACCUGGAUCUCCAACUCCGGGUCGUCCAGAUGGCCGAAGACGCCGCCAAAGCACAAGGCCUGGCCGCCGCCUGAGGAAGAAGAGGAAGGGCCCUCCCACUCCCCUCCUCCCUAAACUCCAUCUCGGACAAAAUAAAGUUUAUACUACUAC